UUAUUUAGGCCAGGUUUUUAUAGGUUUAAAAAUACUAGAGUCGGUGGUCGGGGUGGGGACUGGCUCGAAGUGGCAGUCUAGCUGCAUCUCUCGCAGCGUUGUCCGGAGUACAGUACCGUCACCGCGCAGACUACCGUCACUUACAUCAAACCAGGAACAUGGCGACCAGACGGCGACCUCGGACUAAAGUCUACGACUGCAACUUCCACAUCGGCGAAAGCUACUACAAACCCGUGAUGGAUAGCCUGGACCGGAAGUACUCAGGGAGGCCUGUAGAAGCUGUGACGCCACUGGCAGACCGGGAGAGCACACCCACCAGCCGCUUUUCCAAACUGCUGGGAGACCGCGAAGGCACGCCUACCAACCGUGCGAGCAAACUUUUGGCAGAGUUCGAGUCUAAUGGGAUCGAUGCAGUAAAGCCCCGCAAGCCUCUCGUAGCCGACGAUGACGACGCGGCCAUCGAUGCCGAGUUCGAGGCGACCAUGAAACGGAUCAAGGCGGCCAGGGCGGCUCGAAAUGCCGAGAUGGAAGAAGAGUUCGACAGUUUUGCAACGAAAAAGAAAAUCAACAUAGCGGAUCAGCUUCUCGACAGUGUAGGGCUCAACAGUAAGACGCAGAGAGCAAUUGAGGACGAUGUAUUCCAGAAACAGAAAAGAUCUGUUAAGAAAUAUCUUGACGAUGAAGAGGAUUCCAAAGUAAUGACUAAAUGGUCUGCUGUGAGCCCGGGAGGUAGGGCUCUGAAAGAGGCGGAGGAGGCCGCAGAUGAGAUGUCCGCUGUGGCACGAGCGAGGAAGUCCCGGGCUAGAAUGCAAGAUAUUGAUGCAGAAUUAGAAGAGUUGGCGGCCAAGGGAGCGGCUCGACAGAAGAGGAUAUCUGACCUUAAAGCUCUGAUGGACGAGACGUCAGAGUCCAGCACACAAGCUGCAUCUACUGUCAAAGUCAGCAAGAGAAUAACUGUGAAGGCAACCUCAGAGAAAAAACAGGUUACCUUCUAAUCUGUUUAGUUGUACCAUACCAGAUGUCAUUUUAUAAGGACUAUGUGUGAUUUUAAUCCCGGAUAUUGUGAUGGUUUGGGAUUACCUGUUUUGUAAAUUCAGAAAUUGUUUUGAUGUAGUUGAUGUUGUAUUUAAUAAAAUGUAAAAACAUUUAUGUACAAAGCAAUUUUGCAAAAAAAUCUGUAAGUAAAUAUUUAAAUAUUUUAGAAUGUGGAUGAUAGCUUAGUAAUAAUAGGUAACUUUUGAAACAAAGAUGUAAAAUUUGACUGUGUAUAUAUUUUUCUUUCAUAAAUGACACACGACCAGCUAACUUUUUAAGGAAAACAUUUGUAUUUACUUAUGAUAAUAAUUAUGGAAAAAGAAUAGAAUAAAAACUAAAUUCUAAAA